CCCUCGUAUAUUUAUCUCUAUGAGGAAUGAGAGUGCUUUAACAAUAAUUCGAAACAAAAACAAACAAAAUUUCAUGACAACAUCUGGAGAUUCGCAAUUCGGAUAACCCACACGCGCGACAUAAGCGCGUGCAAAACACGCAACCCUUCUUUUAAAAUUGAAAAAAUGCCACUCCGUACACACACACACAGUCCCUUGGUUAGUCGCUCUUCUGUUCAUUCAAGAAACACUCUUUUUCCUCAUACGUUUUCUCAUCCUUUCUAUGCGAUUUUCCAUGGAGUUCAAAUUUCGAGCCGUAGAUCAUAGACCUCACCCACCGCUAUUCAACUCCUCCGCACCACCUUUCUCAGCCCAACAUUUCUUACCGCCGAUGAAUUUCAUGCCCGACACCCGACCGAUCCCUUCUAAUGGCCUUCCCUUUGGUGAUUUUCGCUAUUACCCUGGCCCAACUUGUGACCCGGUCGGGAGAUUGAAUACCGCGUCCGUUCUUGAGUUCGGGAGGGAGCGUGCGAGUGAUGACAUUAUCUUGUCCGAGAUCGCAAGGCGACGAGAACUCGAGAUGGUGUUGCGUCGGGAUAUCAUGUUGCUGGAGCAAGAAUUCGACUUGCGAAGAGAUACCACUUCUAAAGGGUUGGUUCGAUGGGGAGAAACACAGUACAGUAACCACAGGUUUCCAAUGGUGGACUCGUUCCAUGAGCGUCUAACUGUAUUUGAAGCAGUUCCCUUGGUUAAGCCUCUGGACAACAUUGGCUUAAACAUAGACACUACUCCAGCGGCGCCUGAGAAGGACAAAUUGAUCGUUCUGGCUAAGCCUAACCCGAAUGAUUUUGGGGCGAAGAGGAAAGCUACAACACCACCUGCAUUGGAUGAAAAUGAGGAACCUCCGUUUGGUAUGAAAAAGAAACCUAAGGAGGAAUGGAGUUGUGCACUAUGCCAGGUUACUGCAACAAACGAGAAAAAUUUGAAUCAACAUCUGCAAAGUAAGAAGCACAAAGCCAGGGAAGCGAGACUGUUACCUAAAAAGAAUGGUAAUUGCUCCAUCAAUGUGCCAUUGAAGAAAACUGGUAAUCCAUCGAAGCCACCGAUGAAGUGUACUGAGACUAGCAGUGCUUUAGAAGUGAAGGCUGAUGAAACUGCUUCUACACUGGAGCUCCCAGACUGCGUUGUUUUAGAAGUGAAGGCGGAAGUAGAAGAGAAACCCCUUGAGCUAAACGAAACUGCUGAGAAUUUGGAAUCUACACUGCAGCCGCCAAUCCCUGAAGUUGCAAAUGAAGGCGAGAUAAUUGAGACAGUGCAAACUGAUGAAAAGGCAGUGAAGGAGAAAAAGAAUAAGCCAAAGAAUUUCCAGUUCUGGUGUGAAAUGUGUCAGGUUGGUUGUUAUAGUUUAAAAGUUAUGGAUGAUCACCAACAAGGGAAGAAGCACAAGAACAAGCUUUGUUUUUAUAAACCAAAGGAAACUUGUGUAGUUGACUUGACAACUAAUGUCUCAUUUGUUGAAAAGCAAGACCCGAUUUCGGAAAUUCAAGCAAAGGAAAUGUUUCAAGUCCCAAAAGUGGAGAAUCAAGCUGGAAGACCCUGAUGUAGAAAAUCAAGUAAAUGAGGAGACUGAUGAUGAUAUCUCAAAUACAGAUAAAUCAUAACCAAUUCUAGAGCAUGCUUAG